AUGGCUUUGCUGAUGCCUCAGAAAGAGCCUGCGGGGCGUGUCUAUCUACGUUCCGUAAGCCCAAACGGAACCAUCACACUUCAUCUGUUAUCUUCGAAAUCAAGAGUGGCCCCAUUGAAGCAGGUGUCGCUCCCAAGACUGGAGGUGAACGCCGCCCUUCUUUUAAGCCAGUUAGUAGAUAAGGUGCAUAGGGCCCUCAACCUACAAAUUGUUCAACGCUUUUACUGGACGGACUCCACAGUUGUUUUAGCCUGGAUAGCAGGGUGCUCGUCAACUUGGAAAACAUGUGGCCAACAGAGUCCGGAGAUCAAACGGCUAACCACUUACCUAGCUUGGAGACAUGUCGCAUCACAGGACAACCCUGCGGACAUCAUCUCCAGAGGAACGGACCCACGACGACUUGAAGGCAAUCAGCUAUGGUGGGCGGGACCUUCCUGGCCAAGCAAGGAUCCCUCCUCCUGGCCAGCACAGCCCCCAGCAGAUCCCGAGAAGGUUCCUGAAUGGCGAGGAGUAAAGCUAUGCUGCAUCACCAUCUAUUCAGAGAUAGAAUCCUUAUUCAAGCGAUUCUCCAAUUGGGCAAAAUUACAAAGAGUCUUUGCCUACAUUCUCAGGUUCCUCUACAAGCUGAAACAAGGUGCAGCAUCAGGCCGGCACGGACCGCUGACGUCUACCAAGCUUCGCAAGUCGCUGAUUGUCAUUGCUCGCAUUACACAGCACUCAUCGUUUGCUCAGGAGAUCCAGAGUUUGCAGCAAGGGAAAGCAUUACCCUCUCACAGCAAGCAUCUGACGUUACAUCCCUUCUUGGAUGGGAACAACCUGUUGAGGGUGGACUGUAGACUGGAGAACGCUGAUGUACCCUUUGAUCAGAAACACCCGCUCAUCCUACCAUCCAAACAUCAUGUCACCAAACUGUUGAUCUGGAAUGAGCACAUACGAUUGCUGCAUGCUGGAAGCCAACUUCUUCUAGCAUGUAAGAUUUCUAGCUUCGCUGUGACUGCGAUUCUGGAUAACUAA